CUGUCUCUAUCUGUCUGUCUGUCUCUCCUCUCUCCCUCAAACUCUCAGGCCAGAAGAGCAGACGCCUCGUCGUAUAUCAGUUAAAGACUGCUAAAGAAGAGGUUGACCUUGCAUUGGUGAUGGUGGAAGUGUGGUGGUCCCUAUUAGCUGCAAUCCCCGCAGUGGUUGCAGGACAAGCAUUUCGAGUGAAGAAAAGGCGUGCUGAAGAGCAGAGAUUAAAGAGUGCCAGGGGGAGAGAGAAGAAUUCUGAUGAGAUUUUUGUCUGUGAGAGGGUAUGUACAUCCAAGAGAAUGCUGAAAAAGCUAGGUGCAUUCUCAAAGGACCCAAUUCCUGAUACUUGUGUCACUGUGUGUGGUGUGUCGGAGCUGGAUGCGUGUGCUGAUGCAUGCGCACGCACUGUUUGCGUAAACCAACAUCAAGUACCUAACUGGAAUGACAUAUGCCUUCGGAGAUGCCAGAGUGAAUGUCUAAAACUCUCUUCUUCCAGUUAUUCUUAGUAUAUUUUUUUCAACUUAAAAGAGGAAUGUGUAUUACAAGUCGAGUU